AUGCCUCCCUUGUAUUCUGUGAACCUAUCUUCCUUGCGUGCAUUAGGGAUUUGGGAGCAAAGCGUUACAUACGAGCCGAGGGAAGCUCUAACUUUCGAUACCACCACGCAGAAUCCCCAUCUAGUUACAUUAAAAGCACUAAAGGAGUUCCACUCGACUCCGUACAUGUCCAGCAUUACCUACGCAGCAAUCCGAGGAAGAAGGCAUGGCAGGACCCAGAUAGUUGUCUUUUACACAUCACCACCUUCUGAGGUAGAGGCAAGCUAUGCCACAUUCAAAGAAGCAAGCCUUGCCAAAUUUGACCAUUGCUCACGCAUUCUUCGAGCAACAGCUUUUAGACGGCUUUGCCUUGAAUAUCAGAAUGCACAGUGGAAGAUCGUCAAACGGGAAACUGAGCACGAUAACGGUAGCAGAGAGCCAGACACAGAAGAGGGUGAUGAGUGUCACUUUAGUCGACUGGCCAUGAGAAUGGAUCAAGCCGUAGAGCUAUAUUAUCAGGUAUACUUUCAGCAAAAGCACACUCCUCCAUACUUCUCGAGAGCUUUUGUCAAUCGCAAGAUAAGGCAUAUACAGAGACAGCAAGGCCGACUUCUUCCUAGCUGCUAUCUAGAACGGUCUCUCCAGAACUUUACCGAUUGUUACCUUAAGCACGAUGCAGCCAAGAUUGGUCCUGGCCCACCAAUGUCCUGGAAAGAGCGCCACAGGCUCAUGCUAGGUCAGAGCUGCUGUGUCAUGAAGUCUUCGAUUCACGGGCACGGGCUCUUUGCGCUAGUGUACAUUCCGCGAGGAAAAAACGUCAUCGAGUAUGUGGGAGAGAUUGUCAACAAGGAACAGGCCAACCAAAGGGAGCGCAUCUUGAGCAGCAAGGGAUUUACUUCUACUUACAUGUUCAGCAUUUCAUCAAACCAGGAGAUCAUCGUAGACGCAACUUUCAUUGGAAACGCCGCCAGGUUUGCCAAUCACAGCUGCUUACCAAACUGUGAAGUUCAUGUGAUAGAAAAUAGACUGUAUCUACGUGCCCUCGAAAACAUUUCGCCCGGAGAUGAGCUCUGCUAUAACUAUCACCUUCGGCAAAUGGAGGGAGACAUACGACUGCAGUGCUUUUGCAACGCGCCAAACUGUCGUGGAUUUAUGGACGCGUGA